CAUACAAGAUUGCUAAGCUUUUGCAUUCUUUUGGCUAUGUCAUUCCCACAGAAUCAACCAACGAAAGAACAAGCCAAACCCAACAAAACCCAGAGCCUUUGAUUCUUCAAAAACCCCACAACAGAUUAUUCCCUUCUUCAAUCAUUCAACCCAGCAAUUUCUGUAAGAAUUUCUGAAUUCAAGAUCCAUCUCUCUGAAUUUCGCUUCCGAAUUCGGCUCUCUGGGCCAUUUCAUGAAGAACCCACUUCGAUUUUCCCGUCAAUGGCGGUUUCUAAGCUUUUCCCUGAGUUCUACGAAGGGUUUGCUAUGACCCAAUCCACUUCUCUGUUAUCGCGAUUUCCGUUUUUCAUGUCAUCAGCUUCUUCGUUUUCUUUUCCUUUUGCAACCAAAUCUCUGGCUUCCCAAAUCUUCCGCCAUUUUCGUUGUCGCGAGUUGCUUCGAGUUCACUCACGAUUUCUUAUCCUCCUCUCUUUGCCCUUCAUUUACUUCUUUCUUUCGAACCCACGUCGUUCUUUUGUUCUCAAGUUGUUUGUACUACUUUUCUUCUCCAUCGCUGCUCUCGUUUUUCUCAAUCUUGCAGUCCCUCGUCUCCCUUCUUCGAUUCGUUUGUUUCUUGUUCGAUCGUCCCCAAUUAACGCUUUCUCAUCUUCUGCUGCGACGAAGGCUGUUUCCAAUGUUCGUUGGUCGAUUGGAUCGAAACCCAAGUCGGAGAAACGGUUGAUGUCUGGUUCUUGGGUGAGAGUUUACAGUAAUGGGGACGUUUACGAGGGAGAAUUUCAUAAAGGGAGGUGCUCAGGUAGUGGGGUUUAUCACUACCAUAUGAGUGGAAGGUAUGAAGGCGAUUGGAUUGAUGAGAAAUACGAUGGGUAUGGCGUAGAAACAUGGGCGAAAGGGAGUAGGUACCGUGGUCAGUACAGACAAGGAUUGAGAAAUGGGAUUGGGAUUUACAGAUUCUACACAGGGGAUGUCUAUGCUGGGGAGUGGUCUAAUGGCCAGUGCCAUGGCUGUGGAGUUCAUACUUGCCAAGACGGGAGCCGCUAUGUUGGGGAGUUUAAGUGGGGUGUCAAACAUGGAUUGGGUCACUACCAUUUUAGAAAUGGAGACACAUAUGCAGGAGAGUAUUUUGCAGAUAAGAUGCACGGUUUUGGAGUUUAUCAGUUUGGCAAUGGACAUCGUUACGAGGGAGCUUGGCACGAAGGAAAUAGGCAAGGACUUGGUAUGUACACUUUUAGGAAUGGAGAGACACAAUCUGGUCAUUGGCAAAAUGGGGUUCUUGAUGUUCCCAGUCUUGAAAAUAGCCAUCCAGGGUCUUCUUAUGCUGUCAGUCAUGCUAAGGUUCUCGCUGCAGUCCAGGAAGCAAGAAAAGCUGCACAGAAAGCGUUCGAUGCAGGAAGGGUGGACGAAAGAGUUAACAGAGCUGUAGCUGCUGCUAAUAAAGCAGCAAACGCAGCAAGAGUUGCAGCUGUGAAGGCUGUCCAGAAACAAAUGGAUCAAGAGACCAGCACCAACCCACCAAUCUUACUGGUCUGAUCGUAAAAGUUCCGUAGUUAGUACUCUCAUCUGUGGACGACGUUUUCAGCAUGAUGCUUUUCCAAAAGGGAAGAAGACACGGGAAAUGCUGGUAAACGGAUGUUCAUUUUUGUUGAAAAUUCUUUACCUCCUUAUCAGUUUCUUACAAUUGAAAGGUACCUGCCUGGAACCCGCUUGCUCAGGCCAUGCAGACCCGAUGGCCAAUCGAGGAGCAGAUAGGUUUAUUUCCAUCUCUCUCUCUCUCACUCUAAAUGUAGCAAGUAUUGUACAUAGAAUGAGUUCAACUGAUAACAAGAAGACUGCUAGAGUUGAGCUUUGAUAUUGCUGUUACACUUGUGCUUUUGUUUUUUUUUUUUCCCCCUUUUCUUUUUGUAAGUAAUGAUAUGUAUAGCAGAGCAGUAGAUCAAGGAGGGAACUAUCCUGCCAAUGUUGUGUUGUUGCAUGGUGAAAAUCAGCCUGAGCGCUGGGCUUUAUGCCUUCUUUCGCUCUCUUAUGUUUCCACGAAGAUUUCAUUCUUUCUAAACUUUGAACCAUUCGAGAAGUUAAAAGAGUUGAAACGAUAAGAUUAAGGGAGCGUUUGGGGAGCUGAGUUCAGUUUUAAAGUCGGAAGUUCAUAUUUUGGAGUUAUAAUGUCUGGGGUAUAGAGUUGUUUAGUUUGAGUUGGGAAGGGUGGGAGAGAAAAAGAGGAGAAGAAAUUUUUCGAUAAAUGUACAAAUUUUAAUAGUAUACACCAUCGAAGUUGAUUGAGUUGAA